UGCCCAUUUAUUGGCACACUGGAAGUUUGUACAUGAAAGCUUGUAUUUUAGGGAAUAGCUUGACCCUGCGCAAAUAUCAUUCACAGCAGCUGUCAGGCACUCCACAUGCCCUGGGUGACAGCCCAGCAGCCGCUGGCUUAAGGACGGGUGUGCGUCGGGUGCCUCAUGGAGGUUGCUGAGAAAUGAAAGGAUGUGCUGUCAGAUGUGCUCAGGAGACACGGUUGCCAGAAUCGAAAAGCCUGCUGCGAUCUGCAAUUCAGUGGGACUGUGGCCCAGACACGCUCGCCCGUCAAAGUCAGAAGCUGCCCUUGGGGACUUCCUUUCAGAUCCCCGAGCUCCUGAAGAAGGACCUGGUGUACACACGUGCUUGUCUUCAAGUUGUGGAAAUUGAAAUAAGCAAUAGAAAGACGUCUUUACUGUCCUCGGCCUGCACAGGAGAGAAAGUAGACCGGCCGUCGGAGGCUCUCAUUCCCUCUGCUUCUGUCUGACGUGUGCCUCAGGCUGACAUCUGAGCUGGACUUCCUCAAACUCCUGACACGCGACCGCCGGCCAGCCUCUCCACUGACCUGAAUUCUUGUUUGGGUGAGAGAACAUUCAGCUGCCUGGUCCUCAUGCUGCUGAGGCUCUUGCUGUUGACCUGCGCUCCACUCUGUGAACCAACAGGGCUGCUUUUGACAGUCAGGCCCUCUCGGCUGGUGGAGGGGGGCCCCAUGACCCUGAGCUGUGUGAACCAGCUCCAUCAGAGGCUACCUGGCUCGCCCCAGUUCCAAUUCCUCAAAGACGGUCAUGCCCUGGGCCUGGGCUGGGACAACUCCUCGCAGUACCAGGUGGCCGCCGUGUGGAGAGAGGACGUGGGGUACUACUGGUGUGAAGUGUGGAUAGAACACAGAGUGAUAAAGAGCAAACGCAUGUGGAUAGACAUGCACAGAGUGCCUGUCCGUAACGUGAGCUUGGAGACACAGCCUGCAGGGGGACACGUGGCAGAGGGACAGACGCUGGUGCUCGCCUGCUUGGUCAGUGGGGGCACCGGAGACAUCAACUUCCUCUGGUACCGAGGGGCCCUGGGUGUGAAACUGGAGACCAAGACCCAGCGUUCCCUGUCGGCGAAGUUCGAGAUCCCCGCAGUGAGGGAGAGCGACGCCAACCAGUACUACUGCUCGGCUGACAACGGCUACGGCCCCAGGCUCAGCGGGCUGGUGAGCGUCACCGUCACAGUUCCAGUAUCUCGGCCCGUCCUCACCCUCAGGGCCCCCGGGGCCCCGGCCCUGGUGGGGGACACGGUGGAGCUGCACUGUGAGGCCCAGACAGGCUCUCCCCCGAUCCUGUACCGCUUUUAUCACGACGGUGUCACCCUGGGGAACAGCUCGGCCCCCUCUGGAGGAGGAGUGUCCUUCAACCUGUCUCUGACUGCAGAACAUUCCGGAAACUAUUCCUGUGAGGCCGACAAUGGCGUGGGGGCCCAGCGCAGUGAGGUCGUGCCAUUCAGUGUCACAGCACCGAGAGAGGACAGAGCAGAGCUCACGACGGCGGUCGUCGUUGAGGGGCUGUUUGGCCUCCUUGGUCUCCUCACUGCGGUCCUGCUAAUUUGCUGCUGGUGCAAGAGAAAAAUGGGACAACCUUCAGCCAGGGACUCGGUCAGGAGCCCUCCCCUCCCUCCACCCCGGGAGUCCACAUACCUCAACACCGCUCCGGAGCAGCGACAGCCCAUAUAUCAGAAUGUGAAUGUCGGACGUGGAGAUGAGGUUUAUUCUCUGGCGUUCUGCAUGCAACAGGAAUGGCAGCCAGCCGCAGCAGAGGCCCUGAGGAUGCCUGCUAAUGGCCCGGACCCCUCAGUCAUCUAUUCAGGGGUGAUGAAGGUGGACGUUACGGACAAGGAUUAUGAGGACGCGAUGUAAGGUGACGGAAGAUUCUCCCUGGAAACUAUCCAUGAACCCACGUCUCAGCACCAGUACGUCCUCCCGCGGUCCCGGGAACCAGCUGCUUUCCUCCACAGGAUGCUGACUGCGUCUACUGUGACGUGAAGUUGGCUCAGACCCUGAAGGGACCACCCAGGAGAACCAACAGGAAGGCCCCAGGGGCAAGGGCUUUGUUACCAAAAACGAUUCCUACCGGCUCUUUUAGACACAGAUCAAAUUGUGCUCAAACUCCUUUUUAAAAGAAGAAACAGGAUGGGAUAAAAGAAGAGCAACACUAACCUUCCAGGGCAUGGACCCAGGGCCAGUGGUCCUGUGGGACUCUCCACACAGAGAGCUGUGCGUCUCGUUCUGUCCAGGCGCUUUCUCUGCUCAGACGAUCCCGAACUCCAGCCCUGCCCCUGACAUCCAUGUCUUGUUUCGCCAUAAAAUAUGUGACUCGGUAGCUUGGGGUCACAGUUACCAAAUUAGAAUUAAAACAAAGUUCCAUUAAAAGUUAUUGUCGUUAUACUCAAUGUCAGCGACAUAUUUUGGAUGCACAGGUCACUCUAGAUGUCGCCCACAUAACGCGAUGUAAUCUUUGUAAGUUUCACCACAUCCGCAGUUCUGUAUUUGUUGCAGCCUCAAGAAGAUUUAUGAACAUAAUUUCUCUGCUUUUAUUCACAAACGUUUUGAAAACAUGUGAUAAUACAGUUUGGAGUUUGUAUUUUAAUUUUAAAUCAAGCAUAAGCUAACUCUUAUAAAUUAAAACAAUUGGAAGCAUAUGCAAUGUAAAAAGUCAAAAACAAAGUCUUCCCUAUAAUCUAACAGAAGUGGGACCCUUUGUUGAAAACUAAGCAUGUUUAAAAUCUUAGCUCUACAGGUAUUUUUCUAUUUUUGUACGAACAUUUUUAUGUUCAUGUAAAUAUACAAAUAUUUAGAAAUACACCUAUUUAACAAAAUAUCAUGAAAUAUUUUCAAGUCUGUGUAUAGCUCUAUUGUACUAUUUUAAAAGACUGUAGUAUUCUGUUAUAUAGAUAAAUCAUAAUUCAUAUUUUCUUUUGGUAAAAUAUACAUAACAUAAAAUUUAUAAUUUUCACCAUUUUUAAAUGUACAGUUCAGGGCUAUUAAAUCCUAUCAUGAUAUAUUUUAAUCCUUUCAACCACUGAUGGAUUUUAAGGUGGUUUCCAAAAUUUUUAUAUGAUAAAACCAACGCUAAAAUAAAUGUCCUUGUACAAACAUAUGAUUCCUGUUCAUUCAUGUGAAGGAAAAAUUUGUAAGUUGAGGAUUACUACAUUUUAAGUUAUUCACAGUAGAUGUUUUCGUUAAAUACUUACAAAUGGCUCUCCAGUAAGGAUGUAUCGAUUCAUGCAUCUCCCAAAGCUGUAGAGAGCAUCAGUCUGGAGGAGAAAGUGUUGCUAUUUCAUUUAAAUUUGUAAAAUUACUGCUUAUUAUUAUUAUGCUGUCUCAUCAUUGCUUUAAUGCUCUCCUUCAGAAAUGUAGAAGUGCACUGAACCUUCUCAUUCUACUCCCAGGACUCUCAGUUAGUCUUUCCAAUUUUUUAUUUCUUUAUCAUCACUGUUACAUUCUGAGUAGUUCUUAAUCUCUGUGGUCCAGUUUACUAAUUCUCUCUUCAGCUGUGUCCACUUUAUGGUUUAACCUAUUUAUUUCUUAUUUCAGUGACUACAUUUUUUUUUUCUUUUGAGAGGUAUCAGUAGCAAAAUGUUUAAAAACACGGUUUCUGAAGAAUUGUCUGGAUUUACAUUUUGCUCCACCAUUUACUAGCCCUGCAGUUUGGGUCAAACUAAUUAACCUAUGUGUGUUUUUUCAUGCUUAAAAUUGAGAUAGCAAUUGUAUCCUAAAUACAAUGUUGUUUUGCUAAUUAUGUAAACCCAUGUGCUUAAAAUGCUGAAAAGUGUACCUAUCAAGUACUCAAACA